CAAAAGUCGCAAGAAAUUCUUACCACCGCCAAUUUCACCGCUGAAGAACAGCAAAAAGUAAGGGGUGGAGUAAUUACGGAAGAUAAUGCUCCCCAAAUAUUAGGAUUUGAUAAUCCUUUUAAUAAUCUUCCUACUUCACAAAAAGCGGAACAAUUUAGUCAGUCAGUCCAAGAACAAGUCGUAGCAAAACAACUCGCUGAACAAAUGGCUCAGCAAAAAGAACUAGAAAUCCAACAACAAACUGAAACUCUGCAAAAAGCUGCCGAGAUCGAACAAAAACUUAAAGAAGCCCAAACUAGUUUAGGCGAACCAAGGAUAACUUGGAAUAAAAUUAAGCAAACUUAUCCGGAAUUUGCCAACCAAUCAAUGCUGUUAGGCGAAUUGGAAAAGGCAGAUAGAUUACUAGAAAAAGAACCAAAAAGCGACCAAAUUUUAACUAAGCGGUUAGCAAAAUUACCAGUUCUUAGCGAAGCAGAAACUAAUUUAUUAAGCGGUCUAAAUUUAACGAUUGAGCAAUAUAUUGCUAUUUCCUUAAAAACUCCUUACUUAAAUGAAGCAGAAAAAGAAAAAGAGCAAUUUGUGGAAUUAAUUCUAACUUUAAGCGAGGAAAAACAAUUAUUUGGUUUAUCUGUAAAAGAAAAAGAAAACAUUCUCAAAUUUAUUCACUCUACGAUUAAUCUCACUGAAGAACAAAAAGCAGCCUUGGAAGAAAUGGGGAUUAAACCUUAUAAUGCUAGUGAAUGA